AUGAUAUCAAACCAAUCUUCGAAAGAUGCUCUCAGAGAUUGGAGGAUUGUUGACGAGUCUUUGGGUGUGGUCCUUCCUGACAAAGAACCAGACAUGAAUCAACCGCCAACCCCAAGCCCACCACCUCCUUCUCCGCCGCCUCUCCCAACGAGCAGUCCGAGUCCAGCGAACAGCUGUGACUGCCCGAGAGCAUCUCCAUGGACCUUGUACGCCCAUCUACCUAAUGUACAAGUUUAUUUGUCGCUUGGGGGCCAGUAUGUUUGCCGCGCUAUUGGCAUGAAAUGUCAUAGAAAGAACCAGCACAAUGCCCAUAAUCUUAGGGUGCAUUUGGGAAACGUUGAGCACCAGAACUACAAUGCAGCACUUGACACUGCGUAG